UAUAUGGUAAUAAAUCUGAAGACAUGAAAUUAUUUUCUGCUAUUCUUUUAAAUAAAUAUAUUUUACAAAAUGAACGUCUUGCUAAAGCUAUGUCACGUAUGUUUGUCUACUGCGAGUCAAUGCGCAUGUCAAGUUGAAAAUUGCAAAUGGCGUCCGUUGUUAUUGUUCGUACCGAAUAACUAUUUGUAAAUUAUAUACUAAUCUUUUUAGCGAUUUUUCUAAUGGACUGUUAUACUAAUGCGAUGCUUUGACUUCUUAUGAUUCGGUGCGACACGUUUUAUGUACGUUUUAAUGUGUUUCGAGUGUUUAUUUCGAAUUCUAUGUGUGUCAUGCAAAUGGGGUAAGCUGGAAUUGUCGGAUGUCGCAUAGGUUGUUUUGGAUAGUUUCAAUAAGAAAAUGAAGUGAAGUUCUGUGACCUAAAGUGUGAAAAUGGAACCUGCGUAAAGUUUAUUUCAUAGCGAGUUGAGUUUGGAGCGAUGCAAAACACGGGAACGGGCGGAAUUUACUAAUGUUCCAUGCCGUGACUGCACUCCCCGUACAUUUCAAAAUGGCUGCUGCUCUUGAUAUAUGAGCUUUGCGUCACUGAAAUAUAAAUCUGUGGUUUUGAAUCGUAAAGAAACUCGCGUGUUCGUAGUUGGGUGAUCCCAUGUGAAAACUCGAAAUAAAACUUUGGACAGUGCCCCAGGCGAACCUGGGGCGAAGCAAUAGUGGCAUAUCAUAUGUUUUGGCAGUAGUGGACAGUCGGUGACCAUAGGACUGAUAUUGCCUUGCGUAGCCGGAUUGUAAUGUUGCGCUUGAUUUUCCAGGAUGAUUUGGAACACGAGAGACUAGAAAUUGUGUGUUAUUGAGCGUAAUGUGACAUUGUAUGAUAGUAUGGCAGCGGAUAGCGACGGGCUAGGCUCGGCGGGCGGCGGCACGUGCGGAGUGGUGGUGACGUGUGAGGGCGACCUGCGCGACCCGCGCUUCCCCGCGCGCCUCCGCCGCCUGCUGCGCGAGCUGCGCGCCCUCCUCGCCGAGCCGCACCCGCAUACGCUCAAAGUGAACAAGGUGGAGCCGUGGAACUCGGUGCGCGUGACGCUGUCGGUGCCGCGCGCGGCGGCGGCACGGCUGCGGCAGCUGGCGGCGGCGGGCGCGCCGCAGCUGCGCGCGCUCGGCAUCCUGUCCGUGCAGCUGGACGGCGACGCGGCCGUGUCGCUGCGCCUGCAGCACGGUGCGGAGCUGCGCAUCAACACCGCACCUGAUGAUGCGGGACCAUCACGAAGCCAAUCGACCGAGCUGCUGGCCGGCUUGGGCGGCCUCGGGCGCUUGCUGGCUGACGACGGCGCGUCCACCAGCGCCGCGACCGAGCCGCCGCCGCAGAAUAACUUCAAGUCGCCCAACACGGUGUGCCCCAUGGACGGCAAGAUCCCGCAGAACAUUCCCACGCCCACCAGCGACCGCUGCGAGUUCCCCUUUGGCAGCAUGACCCAGGCGCGGGUCAUACAUCGCAAGGAGAACACGCUAGGAAUAGGCGCUUGCGCCAGCACGCUUCGGCCCGGGACGUCGGACUCGCAGUUCGCGCGGCCCUCCACGUCUGCGUACACGGGUCCCCCGCCGCCCUACCCUGCGCCCCCGCCGUCCCCCGCGGCGUCUCCAGCGCCCACGACGCCGACCCCCUCAGCGGCUCCCACGGUCGCCAUGUCGUCUCCCCUGCUGGUGAAUCUGCUGCAGAAUGAUGCGCCCGCGCCGCAACCGAGGCCGAAGCCGGUGCCGCACCCCGCGAAACUCGACCGCCUUGAAGACUCACAGGUGGAGCUUGCAGUGGGACGAGCGCCGUUCGAGUACCGCGGCGGUCGGGCCACGACCCCUCGCCCGAGUGUGCCCUCCGCGCCCCCUUCGCCCCGGCCGCCGCCUCGUCCCGCGUCCUUCAUACGCCGAGCGUUCCCCCCGAGGCCCACGCAACCAGUGCAGUACAGGACUCCAGCGCCCAAUGCCACGGUCGUGGGGCGAGCCAGGUUUCCCUCCCCCUCAUAUGCGACGGAGACGUUCCCCGCGCCUCCGCCACCUCCGUACCGCCAGGCGUUGCCUAGACCCCGCCCGCCUCCCACGAGGGUCACGCCUGAGGACCUACAGGCUCUACUGCCGCCCCCGCCCACGUCGAUGGACCAGAAAACGCAGUCUAGUUUUCAGGAAUUUCAGAGGUAUCAACAGCAGUACAAUGCGCGGCAGCGAGCUGCCUCCCGGGCGGCGUCGCAGCCCGACUGGAACGAGCCCUACCGGGACACGCUGGGUCUCUCCAUCCCUGACCUGCCCGACAACUGUGACCUCGACCAGCUGCUGCCGACUCUGGGCGGCGACCUGCAUCUGGACGACACCGCCCUCUCCGCCAUAUCUGACCUCGACGCCAACUCCAAGCUAGACCUCCUCUACGACACAGGCCAAGACUCCCUGCAUAACCAGAACGAGUCCACCCCUGACUCCCUGCUCCAGGAAAUCACCGGCGUCCAGUACCCGCCAACCCUCAAUGGCCCCUACAACCCCGAGGCUAGUCCCUCUACCAGUCAGGCGACUCCCUCCACGAGUCAGACCAACGUGAACGUGAAUAGUGAUGUGCCUUCAAAACCCGCGGAAACCUUCGAAGCGAAUUCGGAGACCGCUUUCAUGCCGCCGCCGCCCGUGCCGCCGCAGCCCUCGAAGUUCCACAUCAACUCCCCAAACCACACAACAGCUAACACGCAGCAUCCACCGUUCAAAUCUCCUCCCAACGCGACAUACUCCUCUUCGACCAGUUUGAACUCCGACCGAAUGAUGGACCGGAGCCCGAGCCAGUCUUCGAGCAUGCCGCCGCCGUUGAGGUUGCCGGUGCGCGCGGCCUCUGUGGCUACGAACACCGUGGGCUCUCAAGCCUCGGCGCAAGAAAUCGAGGAGCAAAGCAAGCAGUACCUGAUCAAAACCUUAAUGCGGGACGACGAUCCGCCGCCGCCUCCCAAAGAGCAAGAAAAGAAAGUCGAAGAGGUCACUGUCGCCCAGUGCAAAGUCAAGGAAACGGCCGCCGAAACGACACCAGAGAUAUUCGGCAUCGCGAAAGUAGUCGAGGACGACAGCAAAAAGGAGGAGGAUUUAAAGGCGAAAAACAAAAUCAUCAAAAAGGAGAAGGAUGAUAAGUUGCUGGCGCAGAAGGGCGGCAAGCCGAGAACGAGUGGGGCGAAAGAGAAGCCUGCUGUUUUGAAAGAGAAGAUAGUGAGGGACGGAAAAUCUACCAAAGUUGCCUUACCGCGACCGCACGUCGCGAAACCUGCCACUCCCGCGCCUGAAGAGCCCCAGUCACCUUCUGGUGAGAAGGAGUCGAUCAAAUUGAGGCUGAAACUGGACAAGAAUGAGCCCAUCGUGCAGCCAGUAUAUAAGGCUGAUGUGAGCUUCGUCAACCAGCCGGCGAAGGGCGAGAAACCUAUAGAGGGCGAGCUCAGAGUGCCGCCCUUACAUAUCAGCCUUCGAGGCCGGAAUUCGGCGGUGAUAAAGAACUCCAAAAAGGAGAAGAAAAAAUUCGGUCCAGGUGAGCUCAAUUUGAAGAAGAUUAAGAUCAGGAAAUCUCUGGAGUCGGACGAAAAGUCCCAUAGGCGAGACUCGGAAGAGACUCUCGCGUCAAAGUCGGGAGACAGCACUGAAAACUCAAAGACUGAUGAGUAUUUACACGUUAAGAACAUGAAGUUAAACAACCACUAUGGUGAGGGGGAGAUGAAGACAGAGAUCGCAGGGGAUAACAACGUCGUGUACAGAAUGAAGACAUUGUCAAAGAAUGCUCACAUAGUAACCAAGUCGCAUGACUACAAACUACUCAACAAUAAGGUGCAGGGUCUUAUGAAGAAGAAGUCAAAGCUCCUGAGUGAGAGUGGGAAAUCCAUCGAGAAGGAAAGAGACAAGGAAUGGAGAAACGACUUGCUAGAAAAGGAGGGCAAAUACGCGCAGAAUGAGGGCUACAGAGAGAUGACCAAUAACCAUGAAGCUAAGAAAAAGUUACCUACACCCAAAGUGGACAAGGAGGGUGUUAAAUGUGAUAACUUGAAGUCCAGUGAAGUAAAGACAGUGUUGGACACGGACUAUGGUGAAGUGAAAUCUGGUGCUAGUGAAUUGGACAGUCGGUUGUUGAAGUGUCAUAAGAGCCUGGAACGGACGCUCAGUGUCGACGACGACAAGUUCGACAGCGACGAGAGUAAACUCAAACGGACACUUACGGAUAGUGCAAUAGUAUCACCUAACGGACUGAUCGCUUCAGAGAAGAAGAGAAAAACGAGCCAUAGUUCCUGUCCAGAUCCCCCUGGUUCAACAAACGUAGGCACGAUAGGCGGCAGUCGCGUCGACUCCCCGCCGCCCGCCGCCGCCCAACGUGCCGGCGCCGUAUCCCCGCGUCGCAAGGACCGGCCCAAGGAUAAAACAUACUGCAAACUGGUGGCCGAGCGGACCGCCAGGCCCGAGCCCGACAAGUUCGGCAACCGGUCGCCCAACUCGCAAGCCCAGGGCGAGGACUCGGGGAUCGAGUCUAUGGACGCGUUGUCGGAGAAGUCGCCCAACCAGGCGAGCCAGUCCCCACCCGGCCCGCAGAGAAAAGAACGCCUCGACAUGCCGAGGUCGACCAGCCCGACCUCGGUGCAGAGGAUAAUAGGCGUAAUAGACCAGCCGCCUCCCUCCGACGAACUCUUAGAGAGGCUGUCCUUAGCUGCGACCCAGCCGCACUACGACCCUGUGCCGCCCGACCUCGACGACAUGGGCGACAUCGAGGCCGAGCUGGCCAAGAUGCACGCCGACCACGUCAACGGCGACGACGCGCCGCGCCGGCCGCCCGCAGGCAACGCACUAACCAAAGAAGUCAAGAGGGAACCCACGCCCAUCCUCAGGGACGAGGACAAGUCCACACAGCGUAUAGACCGAGACACCACGAAUGAACUGAAAACUGAGUCAAAGUCAUCCGAAAUGAAACUAGAAUCCAAUAUUGCUCAAAACGACGAUGGCCGCAAGGAGGAGUCGACGAUGUCACCCAAGAAAGAAAAAGGAGUGGAUGACUUUGACCACCUCCCGAGCAGAGUUUCACCGCCACUGUUCACCUACUCCAACCAGGAAAAAGUUUGCGCAAACGAUUCCCUGGAGGCGAAAGAGGACAAAUCUUGUGUCGUUUCGGAAAACGGCGACUCGAAAGACGGAGACAAUGAAGCGAAGAAGCAGCAGCCGAAGAUCGAGAGGUUACCGCUCAAGGCUGACUUUCCCGAUAAGAGCUUACUAGAGCAAUUGCUAAUAGAGAUUCCUACGCCGGACUACGUCGGGAAGAGGCCGGAGUCCCCGUCCCCGUCUGCGUUGGAGAGGGUGGCGCGGAGUAGCGUCCGCACGAGGUCGAGUAGCAAAAUGAACAGUCCGGCGGAUGGCCCGAAGACGCCCCGCCUCAGUCCGGGGAUAAACAAAGUUGAGCGAUCGGACUCACCUGCAUUGCAACAGCCCAGAAAUUGUCUUCGAAGCGGGUCCGUGGAUAAGAUCAGUCCUAGAACGGUUAACGCCGUCAGUGCGCCGACGAAACCACCGCCUGGCGGUAAACGGAAGAGGCGGGAGUCUGAGAGCUCGUGCGCAUCGACCAUCAGUUGCGAAGAAGGCGUAUCCCCGGGCAGACUGAAGAAGAAGCCGAGACGGCUCGACCAGAAAACGUUGAUAGCGGCUGUUGUUACGGGCGGGAAGGUUAAAAAGGAGUCGGAUAGUGAUAGCGAUGAGCCAUUGAUUUGCAAGGUUCGGGGGAAAGGGGUGAAAGCGGUAAAGCCGGGGAUCAAGGUGCCGAAGGGAGCGGAAGGUGUGGGGACGAGAAGAUCGGUGCGGCACGGCUCCACGCCGGUGCCGGCGGCGCCUGCGCCUCCGAACAGCACUCCCGUGAGGCGGAAAACCCGGAGUGCUGUAGGUGAAGGAGGCACACCGAGCGCGGGCGCGGUGCGGCGACGGCGCGUGUCUCGCGACGGCAAGUGACGGCGGCGCCGCGCGGGCUGUGCCGCGCCCUCGCCGCUGCCGCUGCCGCUACCGCUGCUGCUCCCGCUCGAAUGACCCGCCCUCCUGCAGUGUCACCACACCCUGGGCGCGUACCGACACCAGCUCCGUAGUCGAUAGCCGUAUCGAGUGUCCGCACUAUGGUCUCUCACCCCUCGACUGCCGACUGAGAACAGUGAUGUGGUUAUCAGGAACCAAGUGCUUUGUGUGCAAAUUUUUGUGGAAUUUUAAAAUUUUAUGAAUCUCACGAGUUUGUAAAAUAAAAUUAAAAAGUUUGGAAUAUUGUGCAAUAAUGUGAAAAAGAUAUCCUUUGAGGAAUUUUAACAGAGUUUUUAAUGUGUGCUUUUUUAUAUUAAAGUUGUUGAUCGGCGCGGGCUAGCGCUCGAUAUGACGCGUCGAGGUGUUCACGAGUUCCUGAUGUACCACCAACUUUAGCUCGACCGGGCAUGAGACGUUUUUUAGAACUUUUUUAAAAUUAGUGAACAAAUCAUGUUACCAUUCACUAUAAAGCACUCGACGUUUUGUUUAAUUGUAAGUUUAUUUCUUCUAUCGAGUAUUUUUAAGAGCGUCUUAUUUACCAUAGGGCUGGACUCGACGUAGGAGUCGCGAGCCGACGUGGAGCCUUAGUUUAGCAUAGAGAUGUAUCAUUAUUGUACAAAAGAGCACUCGUCUUAUAGGCACAUUGUUAUAAUAGGAUAAAUACCCGAGAGAUAUAAAAAAAUAAAUGCAUAAAGUUUUAAAAGAUAUUUUCAUACGUUUUUGCACGUAAAUCGUAGCGUCGUGAUGGGUGAACUGCGUUGUAGUUUAUAUCCGUUUUGGCGGGAAGUGGUCGUCUUGCUACUGUUGUCUUGUAUUUCACAUCUCCCAACAUGUAGCGUGGCAGACAGUGAAAGCACUAGUGUUCAUAUCUACCGGCAGACGGCUGACAGACAUUCACAGAUGCCGUCAGGCAAAUCAGAAAACGUACGCGAGUACAUUGACUUUUUUUUUGGAUUUUUUUUCAUGUGUUAUCACGUAAUUUACGAUUGUAUCUACGAUCACUUAUAUGUAGAGAAAGUUACAAUUUGGAAGUAAUCGUUGGACGAGACGCCCGCUUCCCGAGCGAAGCACGCCGCUAAAACGAUGUAGCGUUAGCGUUUUUGUAAGUAAGUAAAUUCACGACCAAUAAUUGUAAUUUAAAUGUGACAUGAUACUUGAAUAAUUUCUUAGUGAACUGAUAAUAAUAAUCGUGACUGAGUGUUUCAACAGUUUGUCUGUUUGGGCUUCCAGUAUACUAAACUAUUUUUUAUUUUAUCACCCCGUUUAUUAAUUCGACUAUAGUUGUUGCAGUUCGCGAGUGCGCAUGACUCACGCUUGCGUUAAGUCUUAUCGGUAUAAGUACAGUAUGUACCACCACUUUUAUAAGUCACAUCGGCAAAAAGCACCACUAAGCCCGGUCAAAAUAGACAUUCAAGGUUACAAUAAUUUCCAUAGAGCUAAAAUUUGGUACGAAUGUUGGGUACACCAAUAUUAAAGAAUUGUGAAAAGAUUAAUUGAUCCCCAAAAAAGAAAUUGUAUUCAAGGGAAUAAACAUGGGAUUUUUGCAUUUUCCAACUAAAUAGUAAGUUUUAUCAUAAACAAGGUUAGACAAAAAUUGUAGAUCAUAGAAUACAGAAUGUACACCAAUGAAAUACAGACCUUAAUGCUUGAAGUUAAGAUUUUAAACACACGAACAACAGAGACUCGUGCUCUCGCUCAUGAUCCGCGCGUACAAAACAUGGCGCGUAGCCAACAACCAAUAGCGGACGGACGUGCGCUAUGAUUGGCUGAAAUAUUUUCGCGCAGUUCAAAACUUAAGAUUUCUGCGCAGGUACGUGUAAAUUUGCUAGCGAUUCAUUGGUCAGAAAGGCACGCACACUUACGCAAAGUCCAUGUAUACGACGCAACCGCAAGUCCACGCGCACACGCGUGAAUUGCAAGAACUAUUUACAGUUAUUCGACCGCGUUUCUCGCCGACCUUCGUGACAGACGUACUACAUAAUCGCGAACCAGUGAUCCUAUAGUAGACUUAUAGGCUAGCUUUUUCUUUGCACUGUACAUACUGAAUUGAAUUAAUAAAAAAAAUUAGUUGCCUAAGUAGAUGUUAGUAGUUUUAAUCUCGACUUGAAGGUUCACUUAGCAAUUUUUAUAGUAAUCAA